UUAUUCCAACGAAUCAGAGGGAUCAUUCACAAAUUGUUGUACACACAGCAUUAGAUAUUUUUUUAACAGACAAAAACAAAAAAGGAUCUGGAGGAUAAAAUUCGAAAAUGAUUGGAUUCCAGGGCACAGUCAAGGUUUUAGCUGCCAUUUCUGGAAUGCUGUUCAUGGGCUAUUGUGUUUACUUCGACAAGAAGCGCCGCAGUGAUCCGGAGUUCAAGAAGAAGUUGCGCGAGCGUCGCAACCGACAGAAAUACAAUUCCCUGGGAUCCUCGGGAUCGGUUAACAUGAGCGACAAGGAAAUCGAGAUGUAUUUCACGAGCCAGAUCGAAAAGGGUGAAGGAUUGAUCGCCAAUGGCGAUGUAGAAGGUGGAGUGGACCAUUUGAUCAACGCGAUUCUGGUCUGCUCCCAGCCGGGAAAAUUGUUGCAAGUAUUGCAGAGCACGUUGCCGGUGGAAAUCUUCACCAUGAUGUUGGUUAAAAUGCAUGCCUAUGAGUCUGCCGAAAGAAGUUCCCCAGGUAUAAUAGAAGUGGAAAGUGUCGGCGCCCUUGAAUAGGAUAUAUAUAUACAUAUAUAUCAUAUAGAACACCCAAGAAGGGAUCAAAAUUAGAGGGGUUUUGCUCUUUUGUUUCACCCCCCUCAAUGAAAUGGCAAACUUUUCUGUGUGGCAUUUUGACGGGAGUCUCGAGUAGCAGAGCACAUUCUUCACGUUCACGUAUCUCCAGCGAAAUACAUACAAUGUUUUACUGGUA